CCCUGUAUCCCUUCCGCAAUCAUCCUCUUCGGCAGUGUCUGAAUCAACAAACUCAAUUGUCUUCCGUCGGUCGCACAUGGUCCGGUCGGUGUCUGCCAGUGCCCGCAGCCAUGCCGUCUCCCGAGGGCCUCACGGCCGCCGACUGGCCGGACGAGCAGAUCGCUAAUGUCUCCUCCCACGCCGGUCAUGGCCGGCCUAAUCGGCGAGCGCAUAUUCGGGAGAGAGGAUUAAACACGGGGGUUCGGGUGAUGGACGAUGGCCGUCUGGACAUCAAAAUCCGCGAGCGGAAACCCUGGGUAGCAAAAAUCAUCAAGCAUCUCCAACACCAACCCGAGCCCGUUCACGACGAUCGCAAGCCCUCCGUCUGCCUCGGAGAAGGCGAGGACGCACACUGUGCCCUCAAACUCAACAUUGUCAUCCAAGUCGUCGGUUCCCGCGGCGAUGUCCAACCCUUCAUCGCCCUCGGAAAGGUCCUCAAAUCCCACGGUCAUCGCGUCCGACUCGCCACGCAUCUCGCUUUUCGCGAAUCCAUCGAAAGCGAGGGUCUCGAAUUCUUCAAUAUCGGUGGGGAUCCGGCCGAGCUGAUGGCAUUCAUGGUGCGGAACCCCGGUCUGAUGCCGCAUAUGAGCACCCUCCGCAGUGGGGCGAUUCCCCGUCGACGACGCGAAAUGAAGGCCAUUUUCUCGGGCUGUUGGCGCUCGUGCUUCGAGACGGGCGAUGGAACGGGCAUGCAUCAUAUCUCGGAGGAUCCGUGGAAUGAAACGGCGGACUAUCGGACGCAGCCGUUUGUCGCGGAUGCGAUUAUCGCCAAUCCGCCGAGUUUUGCCCAUCUCAGCUGUGCGGAGAAGCUGGGGAUUCCGUUGAAUAUGAUGUUUACAAUGCCCUGGACUGCCACACAGUCAUUUCCGCAUCCGCUCGCGACGAUCCGCACCAAGAACACAAAGCCGUCGGCAGCCAAUUUUGCCUCGUAUGCAGUGGUCGAAGUCAUCAUGUGGGAGGGAUUAGGAGAUCUGAUCAAUACAUUCCGCAAACGAGAACUGGGGCUCGACCCGUUGGACGCCAUUCGGGCACCGAGUAUUGCGCACCGGCUGCAAAUCCCAUACACGUACCUUUGGUCGCCAGCACUCCUCCCCAAACCCGGGGAUUGGGGCGACAACAUCGAUGUGGCCGGAUUUGCUUUUCUCUCCGCGGCAUCCGACUACAAACCCCCCGACGACCUAGCUGCAUUUCUCAAGGCAGGACCACCCCCGAUCUACGUCGGAUUUGGUUCCAUCGUCGUCGACAAUCCGGGCUCGUUGACGAAGAUCAUCUUCCAAGCCAUCCGCGCAAGCGGGCAACGGGCGAUCGUUUCCAAAGGCUGGGGGAAUAUUGGAGCAGGCGAGGACGAGAUUCCAGAGAACAUAUUCAUGAUCAACAAGUGUCCGCACGACUGGCUGUUUCAGCACGUCUCUUGUGUCAUUCACCACGGUGGAGCGGGUACCACUGCCGCAGGGUUGGUCCUCGGUCGGCCGACCAUCAUUAUACCCUUCUUUGGCGAUCAGCCCUUCUGGGGAUCGAUUGUGGCUCGCGCAGGCGCAGGCCCACUGCCCAUCCCACACAAGCAGCUGACGGCGGAAAAUCUGACCGAUGCGAUCAAUCAAGCCCUCGAGCCGUCGACGUUGGAAAAGGCGAAGGAAAUAGGCGAGCAGAUGCGCACAGAGCAGGGCGUGCGAAAUGCUACUACGAGCUUCUACCAGCAUCUUGAUCUAGAGAGUAUGCGGUGCUCGAUUUGUCCGCAUCUGCCAGCUGUGUGGUGGGUUCGGCAUUCCCAUAUCAAGCUGAGUACGUUUGCGGCGGCAGUGCUGGUCGAGACGGGCUUGAUUAACCCGCGAAACGUUGUCCUGUACCGUUCACGCGAGUAUGACACAAAUCGAGACCCUAGGGGUCCUCUGACUGCAGGCGCAGAGGUGCUCUACGGUAUCGUCUCAGGGUUCGUUAGCGGCAUUGCUGACGUCCCCAGCGGAAUGGCAGGCAUGUUUUCGACCAAACAUGAACGACGCAUCCACCAUAAACACGACUGGAAGAAAGCGCGUCGCCCGUCUUACCUUGAUGGAUCAUCCUUCCGGCGUCAUCGUCGGGCCAAGUCAUCCCUCGAUUCGGGGGUCGGCCCGGAUGAGAUUCCCAAUACCCAACAGCCAGAAAACGGACACAUUCGGUAUGAGCAAGACCGUCCCCACGACCAAUCUACCUCCAAUGAUAAUUCCGGAGUCUCUACAGAGUCCGACGAGGCAUACCACUCGGCCGAAGAAGUCCUCUCCGAUCCUGAUGUGUCCGAUCAUAGCGUCUCCGACCACGAAGACGAAGAGAACAGCCCCCAGUCUUCAAGCCCCCGGACAAGCAGCUCCGACACGCUGGAUGACAUCGACACUGAAUGCGGUGCAGAAUUAGACCUCGAGCGAACGAUCACGCGACUGCGAACGAGGGAAAUGUCCCAUACGAAGGAAAUCCUCGCGGAGACGUCAUACCAUAGCGCGCGUGCGGCCAAGCAUAUCCUGAACUGGGCAAUCAUGCUUCCGACCGACUUGACGUUAAGUCUGUCCAAGGGAUUCCACAACGCACCGAAGCUGUACCAUGAUCGGUUGGUAGAGGAUACGCCCAAGGUGCUUGGGUUUCGGAGUGGGUUUCGGGCUGCUGGGACGGAAUUUACCCACGGAUUCUACAACGGCAUCACCGGCCUCGUGACGCAGCCUGUGGUCGGAAUGGAGAAAUCCGGCAGCAAAGGCCUCCUGAAAGGCAUCGGUAAGGGGAUCGGGGGUGUGCUACUCAAACCGACUGCUGGCAUCUGGGGGUUAGCAGGAUACCCGCUGGACGGGAUCCAUAAGAGUCUUCGCAACUCGCUCUCGAAGAGCAAAACGCGGGAUAUUCUUGCCUCACGGAUGAGGCAGGGCAUCGAGGAGAUGUGUGCAGCAACGACACAGGAGCGAUCCGCUGUGAUUCAGAAAUGGCAUGAGUUGCAGCGAACCGACCUUGGCCAUGCGACUGAGGAUAGUUAGUGAUAUACCCGUAGCGAUUGUAUAGUAAUUGCAUCUCUGUAUAUUAGCCACAGCCAGGGACUGUAAGCUGAGAUGAUAAGCGAC